CAGAAACUGGACAGAUCAUUCCUACUCGGGACUCACGGGAACAUAGCAACAGGGGCUGGCCUUUCUCUUAUUGCUCACUUAUUUGGUCAGAGAAUUUAUAAACCAAGGGAAGGUGCUAGUCUCUGAGCAUUCAUCACACUCCCCUGAACUCUUCAGAUACAUUUGAGUUUUUUUAAAUUCUAGAAAUGGAUUUUAUCGUGCCUCCCUCCAGAACAACUGGUGGUAUUCCAUGGGAGCGGGUUCUACCCCCUCGGCUGAACGGGUCUCAUGGUUAUUAUAAAUGGUCUCCAUCAUUACUGGUUCCAGAGGCUGAUAAUGUCAGUUCUGCAGAGGUUUACUGCGAUGACAUUGGGUUUACAGUUCAAGUUGAUGUAAAGAAUUUCAACCCAGAGGACCUGCUGGUCAAAGUUGUGGGGGACUUUUUGGAAGUGCAAGGAAAACACAAAGAAUUGAAGGAGGGCCAAGGCUUUACAACACUGCAAUUCAACCGCCGCUACAGAAUCCCGAAGGGAGUGAACAUCAUGGCGCUGGAGUCAGCAGUCUCCCCUGAAGGCGUUCUUAUCAUUUCAGCGCCGAUGCUGCAGAGCGAAGACACCAGGUGCCUGACAUAAUAUAGACCUCUCUGCUACCUUCAACAUGCAAGAAAAUCCAAAGAUCAGCAGCCCUCAUAAACACACGGAUACAGAUUAAAAUCCUCUCUGUACUCCUAACAGCACACAGCGUGCCGAAACACCCGUUUGUUUUGUUCCGUUUUUGGCACUGCUCUGAUAUUCCCUGCACUUUGUGGUUUGUAUAUACAGAACUCCUCUGGUGUUGCUCAUCAAUUGUACAUGGAAUUUCAAGGAACCACUCUUUGUAAAUAUCCCUAACCUCCUGUUAAAGCUGCUAGGCUUCUGAGCAACUUUUGUAAAUGCACUAUAUUGUGAUUGUGAUCAAUGCACAUCGAAAUAUUCCAAACAGUU